GGUAGCUGACACUGCUCAAAAACAGCGAAGGCGCAAGUCAAGACGUACCUUUCUGUCUUUGCUUGAGUCAUUAUAGAGCAAUGUCAAGUCUUGCUCACGCACAACCAUCUAUUUCCUCCAUCCCAUCUCAAUGUGUUGUCAUUUGCGGAGAAGCCGGAUCUGGUAAAAGUUCUUUGGUCAAUUUAAUCGCUGGCACGAACAUUGCAGUGACAUCCUGCGAUGCUGGGGGAUGUACAGCUGAAACUAAUGUGUACGACAAUUUGAUGAUUCGGAACGAGACGUUGAAGGUAAAGCUUGUCGAUACAGCUGGUUUGGACGAGGGCCCCCUAGGCACAGUCCCAGAUACAGAAGCUCGACGAAUAUUAAAGAAGCUCCUUCGAACUUUGACGGAGCAAGACGAUAUUCAUCUCAUCAUGUACUGUGUGCGGGGUGAGAGAGAGAUUCGGACACUCCGCCGGAACUACGAGUUAAUCCGCUCCCAAGUAAAGAGAAAAGUUCCAAUUGUCCUUGUCGUCACAUGUUUGGAAUUCCGUCAACCAGAUAUGGAAGACUGGUGGAGGGUUAAUGAGCAAACUAUCUCAAACCUCGGGAUGACCUUUGCUGGCCACGCGUGUAUCACCACGGCGACAAUGACAAGACCUGUGUUUGCGGAGCGUCGCACCCAGUCAUACGACGCUGUCUGCAAACUCAUCGAGCAGUGUCACCCAUCAAAUAACACACGGGUUGAUACUGGAUCGUCACUAGGCACCCUUCACCAUGUCCCUUCUAGGAAGACUGCUAGUGACAAGCACCCGAAUGUGGUCAUCUUUGGGCAGGCAGGAGUAGGCAAAAGCUCACUUGUCAAUCUCCUGGCGGGAAAGAACGUAGCUGAGACAUCCAGUGACCUGAAACCCUGCACGCAGAAGUGGGAGGAAUAUCCCAUAAAAUUGGAUGGCGGCUCAUAUAAUAUAUUCGAUACUGUUGGACUCCGAGAACCACAGCUGCAACCCUCGCAGUACUUCGAUGCUAUCGAAAAUGCCCAUAGCCUCGUCCUGACAUUGAAGAGACGAGGUGGCAUUGAUCUACUCAUCUUCUGCGUGCGCGCAUGCCGAUUCACUACUACGCUUCGAAGCAAUUACCGGCUCUUUAACGAAUUCCUCUGUGAAAAGAAGGUCCCCAUAGUUAUAGUGAUCACAUACCUCGAAGACGAAGACGGGGAAAUGGAUGACUGGUGGAAGAGAAACCAAGAUACUUUCCGUCACCAGGAGUUCCGUGUCGAUGGACAUGCGUGCAUCACUGCUAUUCGAGGUAAUCAUCCAAACCGGUCUGAACGGUAUGAACAAUCGCGCACCAAGAUCCACAAACUUGUCAAGGAGUUCACUGCUGAUGGGCAGAAGAGAGAAUGCAGAGGAGGAGACGACCCGUUAGUGCCGCCGAUGCAAAAGCUGAAGAAACUACCUUCAGAGCAUUCGCGUUCGAAGGAUAUGGUCCUUCACCUCACCAAGAGGUGUGGUUUAUCUCCGGACGUCGCAAAGCAGUUGGUUGAUAGGAUUAAGAAAGACGCGGUAGAAGGAGCUACUUGAU